GGAUGGAGGUGGAUGUGCCAACUGCAAUAGGACAGCGGGCUGGAGACUCAGCCCCGUGGAUGCAGAUGUGAUGGGUUAUGUGUGCUGAGGCGAGGUGAGGGCAUGGGGUUCUGUGCCCCCAGUGGCUACUGCGCAGUCCCACAGCCUUCUCCUCCCAGCAGUGGUUUAACAUGGCACUGCGAGUUCUUGGAAAGUAACUCGUGAUGGCUCGUACCCAAGUAACGCGCCUAAGCCAGGCUCAGCAAAGCUCCCUGCCCGACUGGAUAUCGCUCCCGGCUGUGGGCGUCCGGGGCCGGCUCCCAGCGCUGAGGGAACAGCCAUUACACGCCGGUGUUCCCCGGUUUAGCCCAGGCAGCAGGGACAGCGUGUCCCUCGGUGUCCCCGUCACCCGGCAGAGCUAAGGGGAGACCCAGAGCACCGCCGAGGCGCAGCGGCUGCUGCGCGGCUGCCCGGCGCCGACGAGAUGCCGGGGCUCGACCCUCUCAUGGCGCUUCGCCUCCCGACGCAGUUUGUCCCGGCCGCCGCGCCGUAGGCGCGUUGCCGUGGAGACGAGUGUUGCGGCCCAGCGCGGCGGCUGCGGGCUCUUGGUGAUGUCGUUCCGCGACCUCCGCGAUUUUACUGAGAUGAUGAGAGCACUGGGGUAUCCCCGACUCAUAUCUAUGGAGAAUUUCCAUACCCCAAACUUCAUGCUUGUUUCUGAAGUGCUCUUCUGGCUAGUGAAAAGGUAUGAACCUCAGACUGAUAUUCCUCCUGAUGUGGAGACAGAGCAGGACCGGAUUUUCUUCAUUAAGGCAGUGGCUCAGUUCAUGGCUACCAAAGCUCACAUAAAGCUAAACACUAAGAAGCUUUACCAGGCAGAUGGCUAUGCAGUGAAGGAACUGCUAAAGAUCACCUCUGUGCUUUAUGAUGCUAUGAAUACCAAGGGAGUGGAACACAUGGAUUUGAGUGAGGAAGACAGCAGCAAGUUCAAGUUUGAUCUUGGCUCAAAAAUUACUGACUUGAAGGCAGCUAGACAGCUUGCUUCCGAAAUCACCUCCAAAGGAGCAAGUAUGUAUGACCUACUUGGCAAAGAAGUUGAACUAAGGGAAGCAAGAACAGAAUCUAUUGCUAGACCUUUGGAGAUAAAUGAGGCUGAGAAGGUGAUGAAAAUCGCCAUUAACUGUGUUAUGGAGCAAGUCCAAAAGACUAAAGAUAUGUUGAAUAAUGUGGCUUUGGAUGAAGCCAAUUUGGAAGCCAAGAUUGAAAAACGGAAAUUGGAACUGGAAAGAAGCCAAAAGAGGCUCCAGACUCUACAAAGUGUGCGUCCUGCUUUUAUGGAUGAGUAUGAGAAGAUUGAGGAGCAACUGCAGAAACAGUACAGUAGUUACCUAGAAAAAUUCCGUAAUCUGACCUACCUGGAGCAGCUCCUGGAUGAUCAUCGACGGACAGAGCAAGAAAUGUUUGAGGAAGCAGCAAACAUGCUCUGUCUUAUGCAGAACAGGCUGAAGGAAGAGGAACAACUCCUGCUUAAAGGUGCAACUAAUGACGAUUCUGAUGUAGAGAUUCAAGAUAAUGAUGGAUCCGACAGUGAAACGCAAGACAGGCAGACCAGAAAGCAGCACACUGCCACAGGAACAUUGCUUCAAGGAAGAACUGGCGUACGGAUUGUGGGAACAAUGCAAGGUGGAGAUACAGAGGAAGAUGGGAGAUCUGCCCCAGGCACACCCAAGAUCAUCGCCAAGGCACAGGAGGACUCGGGGGAUAGUGAGAUUGACCUGGAUGAAGAUGAGGAAGAGGAUGAUAUGGAAGACAAAAGCAUAGAAAUCUCACCAAGAAAGUUUGUUCUCCGAGCAAGGAAACCAGAGCCACUGGAGGAAAGUGAUAAUGACUUCUGAGCCUGUAGGAGACAUCUUGAAAUACAGACUUGGAGAGCAUGCAAGCCAGGACUAAUAUUCCACCGUCUUUUCAGCAUGAAUUCAGGGGUCUUUAAAUAGUGUUCAUUAAAUUUGAAAAUGAAACAUGGAUUGCCAGUCCUGAGACUCUCAAAUCAUGAGCAACUUAUCUGUAAUAAGAAUCACAGUAAUGUGGAGUACGGUUAUAUCCGUAAUUGCAGUAGAACUGGCCCUCAUGCAUUGCAGUGCCAAAACUCACGCUCCAGUGAGCAUCAUGUGCUUGAUUUCCCUGCCUUUUAUUAUGUCCAAACAGAUUUUUUUUGGCUUAAUAAAACUGGAUGAAAAGCUGUUCUGGGAAUACAUUUAAAUUGUUUUUAAAUUUG